GACGCACUCAUCAAACACCAUCAGCACAUGUUCGCAUAUUCACUACUACCCAAGUCUGCCAUCAAGGCCAUCCUACAUGCAUCCAAGUACCCUCACUCCACCGUCAUAGGUCUAUUGCUAGGUUCGAUCGAAAACGAAAGUGUAUCGAUCUCAGAUGCGAUCCCAUUGGUUCAUCAUUGGUCCGAUCUCUCUCCUAUGCUUGAAGCCGGUCUGGCUAUCGCAGAUGGACACGCACGCUCGAGUAAUCUGAUGAUCGUAGGGACUUAUGUCGCUCGAGCUCGACUUGAUGAUCGAGCGCUAGAUUGGGUAUCACAGCAGCUUAAUAGCUUACUUGAAUUCAAACAUCCGAUCGCUUUAGUGAUCGAUAACACGAAGUUACGCAAGGCUGAAAACCCUUUCAUACCUUUCCUAAUGACCGACUCCCAAGGCUCUUGGUCAAAUGCUACACCAAACCAAUUCAAUUAUACACCUUCUAAAACCCUAACUUCAUGUCAACCUACUGACCUGGCAGACUUUGAUGAUCAUCUUGAAGAUAUUGGACUUGAUUGGCUUGUGAAUCCAUCUGUAACAGUUGUUUCAUCUUGAUCUUCAUCAUUCAGCUUUCUGAUCCCUACCUUUACCCUAGUACCGUGCUAUGUCACCUCUGAUGUUGUUGUUCUGACCAAUUGCAAUUGUUUUGAGAGAGAAACCCAAUUUAUUGAUUGC